AUGGGUUGUUGUAUAAAAUCAAAUAAACUAAAUAAGAUUUAAGUCAUCAAGACAUCUAAUGGUGUGAAUAUAUUUACAUCUACAACAGAUAUUCAUCAAAUUUAUACUUUUGGAAAAAUGAUGGGUUUAGGAGUAUUUGGAAAGGUAAUGAUGGCUAAGAUGAAAUCAAAUGAUGAAAAAUUAUUUGCAAUAAAGAUUGUAGAAAAAGCUAAGCUAUAAGGAAAAGAAACAUAAUUGUCUAAUGAAAUUUAUGUUCUUUAAAAACUUGAUCAUCCAAAUAUUGUAAAAUUUUACGAAGUUUAUUAAAACAAUAUGAAUUUCUACAUUUGUAUGGAAUAUUGUGGAGGAGGAGAACUUUUAAAGAGAAUUCCAUAACAUUAAAGUUCAUUAACAGAAAAAUAAUGUUAAAAAAUAGCUAUCAAAGUAUUUAUUUUAAAUUGAUUCAUAGGUACUCUCAGCUAUGGCUUAUAUGCACGAAUAGGGUAUAAUUCAUAGGGAUAUUAAACCAGAGAACAUUUUAUUUAGUAAAAAAGAUUUGAAUUCUGAACCAAAAAUUAUAGAUUUUGGAAUGGCAAUCAAGCUAGAUGAAACAAAUUAAUAGUAUUUACUGAAUUUAAUAAAAUAGAAACAGAAUGAAUUGUGUUGGAACUCCCUUAUAUGUAGCACCAGAAGUGAUUGAUGGAUAUUAUAGUGAUAAAUGUGAUGUAUGGAGUUUUGGAGUAAUGCUUUUUUAUUUACUUUGUGGAUAUCCUCCUUUUUAUGCUGGUAAUAAAAAGGAUUUAUUUUCUAAUAUAUAAAAUCAAGAAGUAAAUAUACAAUAAUAAAUAAGUUAAUUUUUGACAGAAGACAUUGGAAUUUUAUGUCAAAGGAAGUUAAGACUUUCUUAAAACGAUUAUUAUGUAAGAAUCCACUUCUAAGACCAACUGCUAAAGAUCUUUUAAAAGAUCCAUGGUUUAAUGUGUCUUUGGAUGGAGUCGAUAAAAAUUAAUUAAGGCGAUCUAAAACUAAAGCAACUACUUUAAGACAAACAGCUCCAAGUGAUUAUUUUGAAGAUUGCCGAUCUAUUUAUUAAAUGUUAAAGAACUAUAAAAAUGGAGCAAAAUUUAAGAAGGAAGUAAUGAAAGUACUUAUAAACUUAAUGAAUGAAAAAGAGUUAGAAAAUUUAAAGAAAGUCUUCUCAAAAAUAGAUGGAGAUAAUUCUGGAACUAUUACAUAUCAAGAAUUGUAAAAAGCAUUUUUGAGUGAAGUAAUAAUAAAUUUAAAUAAUAUCAAAGGGAUCUAGAGUAUCACAAGAAGAAAUUAAAACAUUGAUGAUGGCUGUAGGAUUUGAAAAUGAAGUUGAGACUGAAGAUUGUUCCUCUGCUAAAUCCUAUAAACCUUUAGUUAUAAAAUAUAGUGAUUUUUUAUUGGCUUGCAUAGAUGAACGAAAAGUACUUACUAAAGAUAAAGUAUAUUUGUAUUUAUAUUUAAAAGCUCUUUUCUUUAUUCAAAUAUUUUGAUACUUAAAACAGAAAUUAUAUAACAAAAGAAAAUAUCUAAGAAAUAUUAGCUAGACAUGGAAAAUCUUUAACAGAAACUAAAAUAAAUUAGAUGAUCUAUGAAAUCGAUCCUAAUCACGAUGAGAAGAUUACAUUUGAUGAAUUUUGUUAAAUGAUGUCUACCAAUAUUGGUGCUUAAUUUAUUGAAUUUAAAUAAGGAAAUAUUGAAUAAUAGACAGUUUCACCAAAUCGAAAAGAAGUAGAACUAAUAUAAUUUGAAUGA